AUGUUUUACAGCACACUUUUUUUAAAGCAUGUCUUGCUAGGCGCCAUCUUCCUCCGGGGCCUUGCUUUUGCUUCUCCAAUUGGCAGUCUCGACUCCCGAGCCGUCAAAGUCAUCGACACACCCUUGGCGCAAAUUACUCCCAACAUCAUUAGCCACGGUCCUCUCGACGACAAAGCUCUUGAGCGCCUGAGAAAUUCCCUCACUAUAUCUGUUCGCCCGACAUCAACGCCCGAGCCUGAUAGAGUUAAACGUCAGCUCAGCCCUUCAAGCACAGUCCAGGGCAGCCUUACCAUUACCACAAAAGAUGCUUUUGUGUCCGUUGAUGUCGGCGACAUCAACAUAAUUGACGCAAAUCCGGCCAAUUGCCAUUCCGAGGAGAUCAAUGGACCUAUCGAUGUCCUUCAAGUGUUCAUGGGUGCAGCCAACAUUCGUGCGAUGAAUGUCACCAGCAGCAGUGGCAACACAACACGGAUUCUCUCAAGACUUAUAGACACAAGCACUGAUGCUGGCGUGUUUACUUUUGAGAAUGGUGACCGGAUUAAGGACCUUUACAUUUGGGAGAAUCGGGGGAGCAUCCUUGGAUUCAAUUUUACGACAACCAGUGGCGCAACGUAUGUAGCACAAGUAGCCCCAUAUGAGGGCCAGCCUUCCAUGGUCAAGGUCCCGGUUGGUUCUGGAAUCCUGGGUCGCAUUCGUGUGCAGUAUUGUAAUAUCGGCCUGGUCGGCCAUUUGGGUUUCGACUUCCUCGAUGACCUCCAGUCCGUAUCUAUCAGCAAUAUCGCCUACUCUGGCUUCACGGACGACAUCAUGCCUGCCGGUCCCGGUCAGACAAUGACAGUGGGCUCUCAGAUUGUCGACAAUCGCAACUCCACCGCAGAGCAGAUCAUAACUCUCUCGACGAUUGACGCCGUUACUAAAUCUCACACCAUCAGCGUAGCAAACCAGUGGAAUGUCGGAGGUCGUGUCGCAGUUGAAGCUGAAGCUGGUAUUCCUCUUAUCGGCAAGAGCAAGGUUACCACUGAAUUCAACUGGCAAGUCCAGAAGACUACGACCGAAGAGGACACCGAAGGCGAGACUUUGACUAAGUCUGCAAUCAUCAAUCUUAAGUGCCCCGCCAAAAAGUACUGCGUCGGCACCUCCUUUUUCACCAUCUUCAAAAUGGACGUUGAUGUUGAGGCGACUUUCCGUGCGAAAACCAAAUCCGGCAAGGAAUUUUUCUGGAAACAGAAGGGCAAGUACGAGGGCGCGGACUCUCUUGCGCUACAACUGCAGGUCGACGAGGCCGAUGGCGUCAUUGGAAAACGUCUUAUUGGAGCAAGGCGACUUUGA